AUGGAUAUAAAAGAUAGAAGACACCGUUCUCUGACGAGGGGCCGGUGCGGAAAGGAAUGUCGCUAUACAAGUUCUUCACUGGACAGUGAGGACUGCAGAGUACCCACUCAGAAGUCUUACAGCUCAAGUGAGACACUGAAGGCGUAUGAUCAUGACACCAGGAUGCACUAUGGAAAUCGAGUUUCUGACCUGGUUCACAGGGAGUCGGAUGAGUUUCCAAGACAAGGAACAAACUUCACUCUUGCAGAACUAGGAAUCUGUGAGCCCUCUCCCCAUCGAAGUGGCUACUGCUCAGACAUAGGAAUACUCCAUCAAGGCUAUUCCUUGAGCACCGGCUCCGAUGCUGACUCAGACACAGAGGGAGGAAUGUCUCCGGAGCAUGCUAUCAGGCUGUGGGGAAGAGGGAUCAAAUCCAGGCGAAGUUCUGGUCUGUCAAGUCGUGAAAACUCAGCGCUCACGCUUACCGACUCCGACAAUGAGAAUAAGUCCGACGAAGAAAACG